UUAUUGUGCGUCAAGAUGAAAACCUUCGUGCUUCUAGUUGCCCUGUUCGCCGUCGCCAGCGCGGAAUGGAUCGAUAUCGAUUGGUCCAAGGUGCGCCCGAUCGAGGACUUCGAUCACUACUGGGAGCGUUUGCCGGCUGAGCUGCAGGUGUACCGUGAGCUUCGUCCCGUGCAUCGCAUCACCAACGGCCAGGAGGCUACUCCCGGUCAGUUCCCGUACCAGAUUGCUCUGCUCAGCGAGUUCGCCACUGGCACUGGUCUGUGCGGAGGUUCCGUCUUGACUAACAACUACAUCCUGACCGCUGCUCACUGUGUUGUGUCUGGUGCCACGACCCUGGCUACCGGCGGUACUGCCAUCAUUGGAGCCCACAACCGUAAUGUCCAGGAGCCGACGCAGCAACGCAUCCGUUUCUCGACCGGUGGCAUUGUCCGUCACCCGCAGUACACCACCACGAACAUCCGUAACGACAUUGCCGUCGUUCGUCUGAACUCGCCGAUCACCUUCAACGACCGUGUACAGCCAGCUCGCCUGCCUGCCCGCUCGGACACUCGCCAGUUCGGAGGAAUGACCGGAACCGUGUCUGGAUUCGGACGUACCUCGGAUGCUACCCAGGCAACGUCGGCUGUCGUCAGGUUCACGACCAACCCGGUCAUGACCAACGCUGACUGCAUUGCUCGUUGGAACACCGCCCUUAUCCAGCCCCAGAACGUGUGCCUGAGCGGAGAUGGUGGUCGCUCAUCGUGCAACGGUGACUCCGGUGGUCCGUUGGCCGUCCAGGACGGUGGAAGCCUCCAGAUCGGUAUUGUGUCCUUCGGAUCGGCCGCCGGUUGCUCGAUCGGUAUGCCAUCAGUGUACGCUCGUGUGUCCUUCUUCCUUGGAUGGAUCGAGGCCAACUCUGACUUCGUGGCUCGUCCCUAA